AUGGCUUAUGCAUCCAUCCCGUUGUUUUCUGCGGCGAUCCUCGUAUCCGCCCUCGACAUCGGGGUAAAUGCUCUGGUCUCUCCGACCGGCGUCAUUACAACACCAUCACCAUCUUUGUCAACACCGGCCGCAUCGUACUCCCCAACGAGUUCCAGUUCUUCCGGACAUGACGAAGACAAUGGAGAAUGCCGGCUACUUGGGCCGUUUUCGCUCGUCGUGCAGGCCGCCCUGGGAAUGCUCGCGUUAUUGUCGCUUGUCUACAAGCGAUGGAGAGAACGCCCUCAACGCCCGGUGAAGGUCUGGGCGUUCGAUGCCUCGAAGCAAGUUUUCGGUUCAUCUAUGCUACAUCUCUUUAACCUUUUGAUGUCCAUGUUCUCUGCCGGACAGUUUGAGAUCACAAGCAAAUACAAGCCAAACCCAUGCUCGUUUUACUUGCUAAAUCUUGGCAUCGAUACCACCCUAGGUAUCCCUAUCUUGAUCGUUAUACUCCAUGUCUUGAACCGCUUGGCGAAAUACACCCCCCUCGCAAAUCCUCCGGAAUCGAUCGAAUCUGGGAAUUAUGACGAUCCCCCCCGUGUCAGCUGGUGGUUUAAGCAAUCCAUGAUCUACUUUCUGGGUCUUCUGGGAAUGAAAAUUUGUGUCUUCUUCCUCAUCCAGAUGGUGCCGCUUAUCGUUAAGGUAGGCGACUGGGCUUUGCGAUGGACUGAAGGCAACACCGCCAUCCAGAUCAUCUUCGUGAUGCUCAUCUUCCCCGUCAUAAUGAAUGCUAUUCAGUAUUAUAUUAUCGAUAUUUUCAUAAAGAAGCCACUCUCCGUGUCUCACGACCUCGAGAGUGCCGAUACCGCAAGCGACAACGACGCCGACGACCGGCAUGCAUUGCUGGCCGGAUUGGAGGAUGAUGAUACAUUUGACCGUGAUGGGUCGCUAGGAAGUGACGAAAGAACGUUACAUAGCCCCGUGCAGUUUAAGGAAGCUCUGGACCAUCUGAAUGCUGCUAAAAGAGAUCCGGUGGGUUCUCUGGACUCUGCAUCAACGCCAACCUCCAGUAGCGCACGCGAAAACGAUGACACGACUUUGUCUACAGAAAUCAAUGUGCAACCGAAAGAUAUGUAAUGAUUUGUUUUAUAACGUUCUGCGUUGGCGUUUGGAGAUGACGGCUCGCAAUUAUGUUAGGGUUGCCGGUCUAGUUUACUUAUAUCACUGCGUAUACGAAAACAUAUUUCUCGAAGUGCC